CGUUGGAAUGCAAAAUCAAAAUAAUUUUUCCAAAAUAGGGUGCAAAGUCGCACCCUACUGGCCUACUCCUACUACGAGAUGAAGUUGAUUCACUGCUCACAACCCAGGCCCCUGCACUGUCUCAGCUCGAGAAUUCAAUUUUCAUCGUUUUGGUGUCGCCUGCUAAGCAAACUCUGAAAUAUUUUUAAUAAUUUGCAUUCCAGAAGCUUUGUUCACCAGAAUAGCAUCGCAACACACCCACUCUGGGAAUGUUUACUUUUAAUUUUGGGGUUGCAGCAGUUCUGUGUGGUCACAAACCCGUAUUUCCGAAACUUAAAAGUUCAUAUUUUACAAAUGAAAGUUGUGAUGAUCUCCUGCUUGGUGGCUUCAAUUUGGUGGGGCUUCCAAGUGCCAAACAAAGAGGAAUAUGCGUUUCUUCUCAGUUAAAAUUGGCGGGUAGGGGAGACAAUAAAGCAGUAGAGGGCGAUAGCAGGUACGAUGCGAUUGUGAUAGGAUCAGGGAUUGGUGGUUUGGUGGCUGGGACUCAAUUGGCCGUGAAAGGAGCCAAGGUUUUGGUACUGGAGAAGUAUGUGAUUCCUGGUGGGAGCGCUGGGUUUUACCACAGAGAUGGUUACACUUUUGAUGUUGGAUCUUCUGUCAUGUUUGGAUUCAGUGAUAAGGGAAAUCUGAAUCUGAUAACUCAGGCAUUGGGAGCUGUAGGAUGUAAAGUACAGGUGAUACCUGACCCUACAACUGUUCAUUUCCACUUACCAAAUGAACUUUCUGUCCGAAUACACAGAGAAUACACUGACUUCAUUGCAGAACUUGUUAACAAAUUUCCACAUGAGAGGGAAGGAAUUCUGAAGUUCUAUGGUGAAUGUUGGAAGGUCUUCAACGCCUUGAAUUCCUUGGAAUUGAAAUCAUUGGAGGAACCUCUUUACCUUUUUGGACAGUUUUUUAAGAAGCCCCUAGAAUGCUUGACGCUUGCUUUCUAUUUGCCCCAGAAUGCCGGUGACAUUGCUCGGAAGUUCAUUAAAGACGCUCAGUUGCUCUCCUUUAUUGACGCAGAGUGCUUCAUUGUCAGCACUGUUAAAGCCUUGCAAACGCCAAUGAUCAAUGCAAGCAUGGUCCUAUGUGACAGACAUUUUGGCGGAAUCAACUAUCCUGUUGGUGGCGUGGGAGAGAUUGCCAAGUCCCUAGCACAAGGCUUGGUCAGCCAGGGUAGUCAAAUACUAUACCGGGCAAAUGUAACCAAUAUUAUUGUUGAAAAUGGCAAAGCUGUGGGAGUGAAGCUGUCCGAUGGGAGGAAGUUUUAUGCUAAAACCAUAAUAUCAAAUGCUACCAGAUGGGAUACUUUUGGGAAGCUUUUGAAGGCAGAUUAUCUGCCCAAGGAAGAAGAGAGGUUCCAGAAGACAUAUGUUAAGGCGCCAUCUUUUCUUUCUAUUCACCUGGGGGUUAAGGCAGAGGCUCUACCAGCCAACACAGAUUGCCACCAUUUUAUCCUCGAGGAUGAUUGGGAAAAUUUAGAAAAGCCUUAUGGAAGUAUAUUUUUAAGUAUUCCAACUGUUCUUGAUCCGUCAUUGGCACCAGAAGGAUGCCAUAUUCUUCAUAUAUUUACAACAUCAAGCAUAGAUGAUUGGGAGGGGCUUUCUCAAAACAGUUAUAAUGCAAAGAAGAAGCUUGUGGCUGAUAAAAUCAUAAACAGACUUGAAAAGACGCUACUUCCAGGACUCAAAUCAUAUAUUGUUUUUAUGGAGGUGGGUACACCAAAGACACAUCGACGAUACCUUGCGCGUGAUAGUGGAACGUAUGGACCAAUGCCACAUGGGAUUCCAAAGGGUUUAUUAGGAAUGCCAUUUAACACAACUGCUGUACAUGGACUCUAUUGUGUUGGGGAUAGUUGUUUUCCAGGUCAAGGUGUCAUAGCUGUGGCCUUUUCUGGAGUAAUGUGUGCUCAUCGUGUUGCUGCUGACUUAGGAAUUGAGAGGAAAUCCCCUGUGCUGGACACUGCUCUUCUUCGGCUACUUGGUUGGCUAAGAACAUUUGCUUGACACACAUGUAUGAGUAUAAGUACAUAUCAUUUAUAUCUGGAAAUCUGCAACAAAUUUACAACAGAAGGUUGUUAAUCUCUUUUCACUUGCAAGUGGCAAGAGAUCCUGGAGCAUCAUUAUAUAUAUUGACCUUCAGGGAAAGUAGUUGUUAAAAUACUCGCAUAAAGAAUUUAUCGCUUCACAAUCUGGGGUAUAAGUGAAGAGCUAGGUACUCUUAAGGGUCACAAAUGUAGGUGAAGGGUUUUUAUGUACCUAUAUAGAGACCAUGUAUCCAUGAAGGAUGUAAACAUCAAGUUAUUAUGCAAUAUUAAUAAAAUUGUUGUUAUUCAACACUAGUGAUGUCAUCA